GUGGUGCAAUAUGUUCUCAAUUUAGCUUGAAUAAUCCUUCUCACUUCUCAGGUUUUUUUCUGAUACGAUUAAGAGAGAAGGAGAGCAUUUUAAGAAAUGUAAAAUACAUAACCUGUACGAAACAAAUAGUAAUUUAUAUCUGAUAACAAGAAGAAGCAAAUUAAUAGGCAUGAAAGAGUUUUUUCUCUUACACUUUUGUACGAUCUCCUAACGAUCUCUUAACGAAUAUCUCUUAGAAUUUAUUGAGUACCUCUAUUAGUGUAUAUUUGGAAUAUAGGUUGUAUUUGAUAUGCAGUUUUUAUAUUUCUUAUAGCGUAAUAAGUCAUUUGUCUUUACACAGAGAUAUUGUAAUUACCCUUAUAUCUCAUUACGUGAAUUCUCUUAUUGGGAAACAUUCCUUUCUAAAUAAUUAUUGUGCUAUCAUUCUGUCAUAAUGUUGCAAAAAAUACACAGGUUACUACAGAUUACGGCUUAUGGACACAAAGUAAGCAGUAGAUAUUUAAACUUUGUUCCAAUUGUAGUGGAACAAAGUGGACGUGGUGAACGUGCAUAUGACAUUUAUUCGCGUCUCCUGAAAGAAAGAAUUAUUUGUCUUAUGGGUCCAGUCACAGAUGUUGUAGCUUCUGCAGUAAUUGCUCAACUUCUUUUUCUUCAGUCGGAAAGCAGUAAAAAUCCGAUUCACUUAUAUAUUAAUUCACCUGGUGGGAGUGUAACAGCAGGACUUGGAAUAUAUGACACUAUGCAAUAUGUUCUUCCACCUAUUUCUACAUGGUGUGUGGGUCAAGCAUGUUCUAUGGCAAGUCUACUUUUAGCAGCUGGAACCAAAGGUAUGCGUCAUUCUUUACCAAAUGCUAGAAUCAUGAUACAUCAACCAUCAGGAGGUGUACAAGGACAAGCUACAGAUAUUCAGAUACAAGCUACAGAAAUCCUGAAAUUGAAACAACAGAUCAAUGAAUUAUAUGUGAAACAUACUGGACAAAAUUUAGAAGAAAUAGCAAAGAGUAUGGAGAGAGAUAAUUUUAUGAGUCCAACACAAGCUAAAGAGUUUGGAAUUAUAGAUAAAGUAUUGGCUCAUCCCAUGCAAGAAGAAACUACAGAGACAGCAACGGAGAAAAUGGAUAAUGUAUUGAAAAAACCUUAGUACUACUGAAUAGGAAGGAUACAUGGGUUCGAUUUUAUUGAGUAUAUCUUCAAACAAGCGUGAUAUAUCGAUAUAAAAGCAAGUGUCCAAUUUGCAAAAUAUUCGGUAAAAAACCUUUUCACCCAAUGGAUAUCAUGGUAUACUAAUAGUUUGUUUUUGUUUAUAUCUCAUAAUGUAAGUUGUUUAUAAAAUUUAUAUUCCCAGCGU